GGAUUUGCCAAAGGUCAGAUAGGCCCUUCUCUAAUAGACCUCCAAAGCAUUAGCGGAGUGGGCCUAGAAGAGGGUUCCAUUAUCCUGACUACAAUCUACGCAGGGUACAUGUCCGGCACCUGUGUGGGCGGGGCAAUCUUCAACAAGCUAAGGAGAACUUUCGUUCUAGCUGGUGCCAAUGUCCUGUUGGCUGUCGCCACACUGGUGAUACCGUGGUGCUCUUUAUACUGGCUGAUGCUAGUCGCCUUCUCAAUGUUCGGAUUAAGUCUGGGAGUGAUAAAUUCAGUUACUGGCGGGGACCUGCAAGGUACCUGGGGAAGAGACGGUCGCUUAUACACGCAAGGCAUGCUGCUCAUGUACGCUAUAGGGGCAGCUCUUGCUCCACUCAUUGCAGCCCCGUUCCUGUCCCCAGCAGUACACUCCGACUUCCGGUCAAACAAAUCAGACAUUGAUUUAUGUGUCAACAGAUCAAAUGAACCAAUAGUAUUGCCUAAGUUUGCCUGUUUUGACAGUGUAUUGUACAACAUUUCUAGAAAUGUUUCAAAACCUACCGACCAGCCCACACGUGCGAAAUCACAACUUUACCUUUCGUAUAUGUUUACGACGGUAUUGAGUGCUCUCGCCUGUUUAGCAUUCAUUGCUUUCUACAUUCAGUUUGAGCGCCAAACUCAAAUGGCCAAAAACGAAUUACGCGUCUCUAAGGAGUUUGAAACCAGAACGCUCCCGAGAUCAUUGAAGUGUUUGGCACUGGGGAGUUUGGUGUGUGUAUCGGGACUGAUAUGCUGUAUCGACGACACGUUUUUCGGAUUCCUGACCACGUUCUGUGUAAAUUACCUGAAAUGGACUAAAUCCCAAGGGACCCUGUUGACGUCAGUGUCCAGCACCAUUGUAGUGGUCGGUAGAAUAUGGUCAGUGGUUGUAAUACAAUUCAUUAGCCCAAUGACUCUCGUAGGAUUCCAUUGUCUCAUAACAAUGUUAUCUUUUGUUGGACUAUACGCAAGCGCCGUCAAUCUCUCAAACGUUGGAGUAUUUAUUGCUGCCAUUGGAUUCGGAUUCGGCAAGUCGGCUAUUUUGCCGAGCGUGUUGUCGUGGAUUGAAGAAAUUGUUUCCCCAGUGAGUGGUAAAAUAUCGGCGUUGGUUUUCUUCGUGAUAACUGCUCUGACUGCCAUCAACCCUGUCAUAAUGGGUCAUAUGAUGGAAACAUUUUCAGGCAUUUUGUUCGUGUUGGUGUUACUAGGUGAAAGCAGUUUUUUGUUGCUCGUGUACACUUCGGCUGUGUUGCUGUCAAAGUUUAUUGUAGCUCGGUACGGAUACACCUAUAGCAAAAGAAAGGAACGCUUAGACGAUACGCUAUGA